AUGUCCACGAAUUUCCGUGAACGGGCCAUCGCCGAGGUCCAGAAGGCCAUUGCCGCCGACCACGCCAAAGAGUACCAAAAGGCCUUCGAUCUUUACAUGUCGAGCAUGGAGCUGUGGGUCAAAGCACUCAAAUGGGAGAAGAACAAGGCCUUGAAGGCUACCAUGCAAGAAAAGAUGGCGACAUAUCUCGAUCGUGCCGAAAAACUCAAGCAGUUCCUGCAGUCAGAGGCCGAUACCAACGCCAACGGCGGCAAGUCUCUCAUGGGAGCGAAUGGCGCAACCACUGGGAAAGGCAAGGGGCAACCCGACGACGACGACAACAAAAAGCUCAGGAACGCCCUGUCGGGUGCCAUCCUGCAGGAGAGGCCGAAUGUCCGGUGGGAAGACAUUGCUGGCUUGGAAGGGGCAAAGGAAACUCUCAAGGAGGCCGUCGUGCUGCCCAUCAAGUUUCCGAGCCUCUUCCAGGGUAAAAGACAGGCAUGGAAGGGUAUUUUGCUCUACGGCCCUCCCGGUACCGGCAAGAGUUACCUGGCCAAGGCGGUGGCAACAGAAGCCAACAGCACCUUCUUCAGCAUUAGCAGCUCAGACUUGGUCAGCAAAUGGAUGGGUGAAAGUGAAAGACUAGUAAAAGCUCUCUUCUCCAUGGCAAGGGAGAACAAGCCGUCAGUCAUUUUCAUUGACGAAAUCGAUGCACUCUGCGGUCCCCGAGGAGAGGGCGAAUCCGAAGCGUCCAGACGUAUCAAGACCGAGAUUCUGGUGCAGAUGGAUGGUGUUGGCAACGACAGCAAAGGCAUUCUUGUCUUGGGCGCCACCAACAUUCCUUGGCAACUCGAUGCGGCUAUCCGUCGACGAUUUCAGAGGCGUGUCCAUAUAGGACUUCCUGAUUUCAACGGGCGGGCGAGAAUGUUUAAGCUUGCGAUAGGUGACACAGAUACCGCAUUACGAGCCAGCGACUACAACACUCUGGCCAACAAAUCCGACGGCUUCUCCGGAAGCGACAUCGCCAACGUGGUUCAGCAUGCUCUCAUGCGUCCAGUUCGCAAGAUUUUGCAGGCUACGCAUUUCAAGGCUGUUAUCAAAGACGGCAAACGGAUGUUGACUCCUUGCUCACCAGGUGAUCCGGACAGGAUCGAGAUGACGUAUGACGGCGUCAACUCGGACGAACUCCUUGCCCCCGACGUCUCGUUAAAAGACUUUGAGAUGGCCCUUGAAGACUCGCACCCUACAGUAUCAAAGGAAGACAUUGAGAGGCAGAUUGACUGGACCAACGAGUUUGGAAGCGAAGGGGCCUGA